AUGACCCUUAGCAAAACAAUACUCAAAAACCCAUUACUCACAAAUCCAAAUAAAUGGUUAAAAAACGUUCCAAAAAAGCAUAGUAGUAAUUUACUCCAAAAUCAUUGCUAUAAUAGAGACGAUCUUGAUACAAAUCCAUUCGUUCAAUCACUAAUCAAAACAGAUUCUAAUUCAAUUGAUACUGUAUUACCUGAAGGAAAUGGAAUUAGACUAUCAGUAACUACGGGGGAAGAUGAUAAACAUGAAGAAAAAUUCAACCCACAUUUGUUUACAUGUAAUGGACCAAGUCGAUUAAUUUCUAAUAAUGAAAAAUAUAUACAAUCACUUAAUACCACACCAAAACUAGCUAAUGCAUAUAGGCCAUUCCAAGCGGAGAGAAUUAACUUGUCAAAAGGGAAAAAUAUUUCAAUUGAGAAUCUUCACCAGGAUAUAGAUAAGUUGUAUAAAGACACCAUCGAAAAGCAUUUAAAGACUUACACCAACGGUGAAGGAGAAGGAAUACAACUAUCAGGCAAUGCUACUAGAUGGAAUAGUAGUCGACUCAACGUUGACAAGUCAUUAUUCAACUAUGAAGAAGACGUUUUUAUAAGCUUUAAGGAAAAUCCGAUACUCACUCAAUUGAUUGUUAAAUACAUGGAUUAUAAAGGUCUAUGA